AGUAUUACUCGACCAACCAAAUGAUGUUUGAAUCUCCAAGCAAGAAGAGAUGGAACAACAUGUUAUCAUCAUCAUCAGCUUCAUCUUACAGAGAGACGAUUGUACUUGGAAGAUAUAGCAAAAGUUGCAGAGAACCAAAGCAACAACAAAGAAGAGAAAAAGAAAGAGUCGUCUUGCCCAAGUGGAAAGUUUUGUUGAUGAAGCUUAAGCUGUUGCCUUCUUCUCAUCGUUCUUCUUCUUCUUCUUCAUCAACUAAGGUCGUGGCUUAUGAGGCUUAUGAUUACUCUUUGAAUUUUGAUCAAGGACCAGGGUGGCAUGACCAUGAUGAACCUGAGAAUCUUUCUAGGUCUUUCUCUUGUCGCUUUGCUGAUCCAACUAAGAUCCGAGCUACACGUUUGCUCUUGUAUUAAGUUUCUUUCUUCUUUUCAUUUUUAUAACUUUGUUUUUAAAUGAUGAGAUCAUGUAGCUUUGUAAUGUAAAAAUGAAAAAAAAAAUAUGU